AUGAUUAAAAAUUUAUUACUUCAAAGAAAUUCAGAGAAUGGUAAAAAAGUAUAUGGGGUGAGUUUUGAUUAUAACGAACUCGUAGAAAGGCUUAAAAAAAUCAAAAAUGUUGAUGACGCCAAUGAAAGUCUGAGACUAGGAAUGUCAAAGACAAGCUUUUAUAAAAAAGUUAAAAAUCUUUCGAGAGUUAAAAGCAACUCAAGAAAAAAUUUAAGCACGCUGAGGGUAAAAGAGUUUAUGGCAGAGCUGGAAGAUGAGAAGAAAAGUGGAGAUAAUACGGGAAGAUUGCAAACGGCAAGGCUAAAAAGUGCGAAUUUAAUAAGGUCGAAGUCAAGUAUUGGGAUCGAAAAAAGGGCUGGGCAGAGCAAGAGUCCACCCAAGCAGCCACCAUUAGCGAAUUUGCCACAAAAGAUAAGCUGGGGAGAUAUUUACCAAAAGGUUAAAAAUACUAAAUCAUAUGUGAAGCCUAAAUUAAUAUAA